AUGAGCGGUAAUCAGUCGUUUGAUCAAACAACUCAUUCGGAUGUAUAUGACCGAAUUUUAAAGAACAGCAUACUUGGUACUAAAUUGGUUAAAAAAGCGGUAAUAUGCAAUCGAAAUUCUGGUGCUAUCAAUGCCUAUGGACCAGAGGACUUUACACCGUCUGUAGAACAAAUCAAUAAGUUUUUAAUGUUAUCGCAAGCUGAACGUGCAGAUCGUGUUAUUCUAGAUAAACACUUUGACAUUGGUAUGGAUAAAUGCUUGUACAAAGAUGUAGAAGAUGAUACAGGAGUACUGAUAGCCGAUGUAAUCCAGUAUUACACCAUACCAAAUGCAAAUGAACAUACUAAUACUGCUAGCAAGUAUGAAUUAGCCGGCCUAUUGACAAAGAAUUCAAUACUUAUUAGUAUCUAUGUUGCUGAGCAUAAAAUAAAAGAAUCUAAACAAUUAUUACUUGAAAUGAGAGAUUAUUUAGAUGCACAAGGAAUGUAA